CUUAAUGGUAUGAUAUGAAAAGUCACAGAUGUGUCCUUCUUCACAUGAGAAAUCAGCAACAACUGCAGCCACAGGUGGCUGGAAGACUUGUGUAGUGAAUUGGUGUGGACAAGAUGGCUCAAAAUGCAUUCAUGCAUCCGCGUAACAUAUACCGAACCCCUCCAGACUUCAAAGCUCUGGUAGAUGACUUUCCGGACAUCAGGAAACACGUAACCACAGAUGUGUCGGGCAAGGUUAAAUAUGACUUCAAGGAUCCGGACGCCCUGCGCGUGCUGACGCAAACGCUGCUGCUGAAGGACUUCCAGCUGGACGUGGAGAUUCCGGCAGACAAGCUGGUGCCUACGCUGCCCAAUCGGCUCAAUUACAUCCUCUGGCUGGAGGAUAUCGUGCGCGCCCUGAAGCUGCCCAAGGACGAGACCGUUGUCGGCCUGGACCUGGGUACGUGGCGCCCGACGAGGCGGCGCUGUGACCUUUGUCGGGCGCAGGUGCCGUCUCGAUUUCCACGCUCGGGAACGGAAUCGUCUCUAGCGCUUCAACCAGUGACCACGCUGGCCGCCGACAGGCACGGGCCCGUGUGCGGUGUACGCGCUGCUGGAGCCCGGCGCGGCUGGAGGAUGGUGGCCACGGAGCGUGACGCCGACUCGCUGGCCGUGGCGCGCCGCAACGUCCAGAAGAACAGUCUGCAGCAGCUCGUGCAGGUGCUGGAGGCCGACGCAAGCCUCGUGACGGGGCCGCUGCAGUCGGCCGGGCCCGUCCACUUCACGCUCUGCAACCCGCCGUUUUUCGACUCUGAGAGUCCGGCGGAGGGCGGCGAGGUGGCGUGCCCGGGCGGCGAGCGGGCGUUCGUCGGCCGUCUGAUCGCCGAGAGCCCGCAGCUGGCCGACCGGUGCCGCGUGUUCACCACGAUGCUGGGUCACAAGUCGAGCGUGCGGCCGAUGAAGCGACUGGCGUACGAGGCCGGCGCCGCCGAGGUCAUCACCACCGAACUCUGCCAGGGCAACACCAAACGCUGGGCCAUGGGCUGGACAUUCCAGGCCGGCCUGGCGCUUGACCAGGUCAAGGGCAUGAAGCAGACGAAGAAGCGCGCGCCGGUGCAGUGUGUAGUACCGCGAGACAUGGACGGCAUCCCUUACGACAUCCCCAGUGUUAAGCAACGCGUGGUCGGCUGGCUUGAGGAGCUGCAGACCGAGGUGGAGCCGGGCAAGUGCAACAAGUACUUUGCCUCAUACAAGGUGACGGCGGCGGCCGACACGUGGACGCACAAUCGGCGGCGGCGGCGCGCGCAGGAGCGGCUGGGCGCCACCUCCGACCUGGAGCCGUCGCCGAGCUCGGCCGAGCUGACCGGCUCGCCCGACCCCGACUUCGACCACGAGCCGGACGCCGAGCCAGGCUCCGACCUGUCUGACCUGUCUUGGCGCUCGGACACCGCCGAGCCACCGCCCAAGCGGCCGCGCGCCGACUCCGAGUCGGCCGAGCCAGCGGCGGCCGCGGCCGAGACCGGCCCGGCGGCCAAGCGGCCGUGUCUGGAGGCGAGGCUGGGAGCCGUGUCGCUGGCCGAGCCCAAGCCGCGGCCGGCCCUCGUCUUCACGCUGUUCGUGCAGAAGAAGGGUCACGAUAUCCUGCUGCAGAUGACGCUGCUGACCGGCAAGCUGGCCAUGGACGGCAUGAACGGCGUGCUGCUCUUCCUGAAGAACAAGAUGCGCCAGCGGCUGGUGAUGAGCACGUCCUCCGGGCCGGCUGCUGGCGCCGUGCAGGGCAGCGGGGCCGCCGCCGGGCCGUCAGCAGCGGUGAAGGAGGGCAUGGGCCGCGUGUUGCACCACCUGCGAGACAAGAUGCGUCAGAAGAUUCGGCUGGACUCGCCGGCCGCUGGCGCUGCCACGGAGCCGGCGUCACAGUCCGAGCCGGGCUCUGUCCAGACGGCCGGCGGAGCGACCAGCUCACCGUGACGGUCGGAUGCUCACUCACCUCGGCCGGUGCCGGGCUCGCUAACGCGCGGCUGCCUCACAUGCACCCUGUUUCAUCUGGCGCAUGAGAAGUUGCACAAUCGUGUUGCCUCGGAGAUGAGAGGGAACCGGGCUGUGUGGGAGAGCCUCUUUCUAGAGUCAAUGUAGACCGUAGGGCACGUUGAUUAAUGGUUUCAGCGCGCCUGCUUCGUUCGGCCCAAAAUGUUAAGAGGCUGAGCAUGAACCGACCCUGCCGUUCAAAGAUGAGCCCGCGUGUGCCACGUCUUAGGGCAAAUCGAAAAGUUGAAGAGACUACGGUAACUGGUUGCGGUGCUCACACACCGAUGGGUAACAGUGCCAUUGGAAUCACUCAAGGGCACAAUGAAUGCAACCCAUGUCUUCUAGACACUAUACAGCCCUUUUCCACAGUACACCAUUUUCGCCAGUGUGAAUACUUUUUUAUUCAAUCAAUUGCAUUUGUGUUCCGACUGACUGACUGAUGUUUGCUAUACGUGAUCUACGUCGCGAUGGAUAAGCUGUUGUGAGGGUCAGAAGGAUAUGAGCACAUUUGUUUUUGUUUGAUGUGUCACGUUUUCACACGCAGUUUGGAUUAACGUCCCAGCUUGUGUUACGCCCGAGGACGUUGAUCCCAAAACUGGUAGGCAUUGUCUCGUGCGGUUGGGAGUACAGCAUCAUUAGACAGGGACGGUUGAGAGACCAUCUCCCGCCAGACGCAGACAGUCGAGAGAUGUUUCCGUCAAACGCGGACAGCUGGAGGUCCAGCUUCUGUCAUACACUGACGGCCGAGA